AUGGCAGCUUCCUUUGUUUACGAUGUGUUCUUGUCUUUCAGCGGUGUUGAUACUCGCAAUAAAUUUACGGGCCACCUCUUGGCUGCUUUGGAUCGGCAUGGUUUUAACAUAUUCAGAGAUGACACUAAACUCAGAAGAGGAGAAGAAAUUGGUCCCGGAUUGCUCAAAGCAAUUAAGCAAUCUAGGAUUUCUGUUAUUGUAUUCUCGGAAAACUAUGCUUCCUCAAAAUGGUGCCUUGAUGAGCUUGUAAAGAUUAUGAAUUGCAAGGAGGAACUCAAUCAGAUUGUUAUUCCAAUCUUCUAUGACGUCCAACCCUCCGACGUUCGGUCACAGAGGGGUUGUUAUGCAAAAGCAUUUGCCAAUCACAGAAAGCGGUUCAACUUGGAAUCGGUGAAGAAAUGGAGGUUGGCUCUAACUCAAGCUGCCAAUUUGUCCGGUUACGUCCUGCAAAAUGAGGCCAAUCGGUACUAA